AUAUUUUGUGUAGCUCUUCCUGCCAUUAAAUAUGAAGUAAGGACAUUUCUUUUCUUUUUUUUUCCCCCAAUUCUUUCCACCUAUUGAAUUGUGAAGCCUUGUCCCCGGGAAUAUGUUAGAAGGCGUCAUGUGACGGUAGUGAAGAUGGCGCAGCGUAAUCAUAUCUCUCACGUCCCUUCUAAACGAGGAGAGCAAUUUACAGCACGGGACUUCAGGACGCAGAGCUCGUGACAACAACUGGCACGCGACAGGGGUUUUUUAGCGCUUUACAUGUGAUGCAGGACCUAAUAUUGCGAAAUAAAUAAAUUAGCCCAGGCCAGUGGCUCGCUCGCUCCCAGAUACUGCAGCAAAUAACAGCGAAGAUCAGAUUUCCGCUCUUUCUCUGCCUGGAGAGACCUAGGGCUCUGCAUCACACACUGUAGAUGGUUUCUACUUGGUUUUCCUCUUUUUUUUGGUCGUGAGGGCACAAGCUAAGGCGGGUAUGACAGUAUGCGACAUGGAACGGAGAAGAAAUCGUUGUUCGGCUUCCUGUUUUUCUGUAAACAGUUAACAUGUAGUCCUUAGUACAUUUAGUUCUACAUGUAGUGCCUGAGUAACACGCUACAUUGCUCAGCCCUUCAUCUUUGAGCAUCCUCCCACGACACCGGCGGAAUGGAGCUUGCUUUCCAGGCGAAUUAAAAUCAUCUGUUUUUGAAAUAAUGUGGAUUCCAACGGAAGAUGAAAAAUUCGGAGUCGUGAUAGGCAGUUUCCGAAGUUCGGUCAGUCAUUCCCUGGUGCUGGAGCUUGGAGAAACUGUCCAAAUCUUGGAGAAAUGUGAUGGCUGGUACAGAGGCUUUUCUACCAAACGACCAACAGUAAAGGGCAUUUUUCCAGCCAACUAUGUGCACUUAAAGAAAGCAACAGUUACCAACAGGGGGCAGUGUGAGACCGUGGUUCCUCUUGAGGAUCCGAUUAUCACUGAGUGCACCAGCACACUGCAGGAAUGGGGAGUGCUGUGGAAACAGCUUUAUGUGAAGCACAGAGUAGAGCUAUUCCAGAAGCUGCGGCAUGUGAUGAACGAGCUGAUGGACCUGCGGCGUCAACUGAUCCUGGGUCACAUGACUCAGGAGCAGAGCCGCGAGGUCAAGCGCCACAUCACUCUCCGCCUGGACUGGGGCAAUGAACACCUGGGUUUAGACCUAGUACCGAGAAAAGAGUUUGAGAUGGUGGAUCCAGACCAGUUCAGUGUAUCUGACCUCUACAAGAUGCAUGCCUCCAACAAACAUUGUGGUCAGUCAAGUACAGCACAGGGCCAGCGUCAUGGAGAUGGCUAUCGGAUACCAAUUACUCACCACCUCUUUCUCAACCUAAAAAACUUCACCUAUAACAGCAUCAAUGAAGAUGUGGAGGUGUUUUUUAGCCUCUAUGAUGCCCGCGAAAACAAAUGCAUCAGUGAAAGGUUUCUAGUAAAGCUGAACAAAAAUGGGGGGCCACAGAAUCCUGAGAAAGUGGAUAGACUCUGUACUCUUUUUAUGGAUUUGAGCACAAAGGAUCUUAAAAAAGAACUCUAUAUUGUUGCACACGUCAUACGAACUGGUCGUAUGUUACUAAAUGACUCAAAGAAGGGACCCCCACAUGUCCAGUACAGAAGACCCUAUGGCUGUGCUGCCCUGGCCAUGAGUGAUGUCUUUAGCUCCAUCACAGACCCAAAAGAGGAAAAGGACUUUGUGCUAAAAAUCUACACCUGUAACAAUGAAAGUGAGUGGUAUCAGAUCCAUGAGAACAUCAUCCGAAAGUCCAGCACAAAAUACUCAGCCCCAAGCACCAAUUAUGGUCUAAUAGUAUCCCUGCAGCUGUUCCGUGGUGAUCUAGAUGCCUUGCGAAGAGAAAACCAGACACUGUUCAAUGGGGCUGUGACUCUUACACGUAAACUUGGAUUUCCUGAUAUCAUUUUACCAGGAGACAGCCGAAAUGACAUAUAUCUGACCCUUGAGCGUGGCGACUUUGAGAGAGGAGGGAAAAGCGUGCAGAAGAAUAUAGAGGUGACAGUGUACGUACUGUAUGCAGAUGGAGAAACACUAAAAGAUUGCAUUAGUGUGGGCUGCGGAGAGCCAAAUGUUAGUGAGCAUUGCUCCUUUGUCCUGUAUCACAAUAACAGUCCUCGCUGGAGUGAAAGCCUCAAACUGUCCAUUCCUAUUGAGCGCUUUCGUGGCUCACACCUACGCUUUGAGUUCAGACAUUGCUCUACUAAAGAUAAAGGAGAGAAGAAGCUGUUUGGUUUCUCUUUCACUCCACUGAUGAGAGAAGAUGGAACCACCUUAGGGGAUGAGUGCCAUGAGCUUUAUGUGUAUAAGUGUGACGAGAACACAACAUUUACUAAUCAAGGGCUGUAUUUGAGUAUGCCAUGCAGUAAGGCAGACCUAAACACCUGUCCUGCUAUUCCAGCUUCAUUUCCCUUUCAGCGCAGCAACAAGGAGAGUUUUUGCAUCAGCACCAUACUGGUUUCCACUAAGCUCACACAGAAUGUGGAUCUUCUGACUCUGUUAAAAUGGAAAGCGAAUCCUGAAAGAGUUCUGGAUGUCCUAGGCCGUCUACGAGUAAUUAAUGGAGAGGAAAUUGUUAAGUUUCUGCAGGAUGUACUGGAUACACUGUUCUCUCUCCUUGAUGACAACAUUGACAAAUAUGGACCACUUGUAUUCCAGUCACUGGUGUUCAUCAUAAACCUGCUCAGGGAUCCACGUUAUUACCAUUUUCGCCCAGUUAUGGAUGCCUACAUACACAACCAGUUUGCAGGAGCACUGGCCUACAAAGAGCUGAUACGCUGUUUGAAGUGGUAUAUGGAUCGCUCUGCUGAGGUUGUGCGGCAGGACCACAUUCAGGAUGCUAUGAGGGCACUGGAAUACCUGUUCAAGUUUAUUGUUCAGUCUCGGUCUCUGUACUCACGGGCUACAUGCGGCAUGGAAGAGGAGCAGUUUAGAGCCAGCAUUCAUGAACUCUUCCAGUCCAUCCGUUUUCUGCUGAGCCUGGAUGGACGAAAUGCUGAGACACUUGUCUGUACACAGGCCACAUUACUGACUAGUUUUCCAGACAUAUUUGACGAGCUGCUGCAGAUGUUCACGGUGCAGGAGGUGGCUGAGCUGGUGAGAGGGACACUAGCGAGCAUGCCCAGCACUGUGGAUAUUGGCCAGUCCAUGGAUGUGGUUAAGCUCCAGUCAAUUUCACGUACUGUGGACAGCAGGCUUUUCUACUUCCCAGAAUCUCGGAGUAUUUUGCUUCCUGUAGUUCUACAUCACAUUCACCUACAUUUAAGACAGCAGAGAGAGCUGCUGCUGUGUGCCAAAAUCCUGAGCAGCAUCUUCUCUAUCCUUAACACUAGUGCUCAGGAGUCUUUGUGUGUGCAGGAUGAGGUGGAGAUGAUGGUGGAGAGCUUAUUAGAUGUACUCCUGCAAACACUCUUAUCCAUCAUGAGCAAGAGCCAGGCAGUGGAAAACAGCAGAAACCAGCGAUGUCCUCAGUGCACAGCUGAGAUAACGGGCGAGUAUGUGUCCUGUCUCCUGUCCCUAUUGAAAAUGAUGUCUGAGCUGCAUUUCCACCACCUCCUCAACAACUUCCACAGCAAAGAUGAACUGAAGGAGUUUCUACUAAAGAUCUUCUGUGUUUUUCGAAAUCUGAUGAAGCUUGGAGUGUUUCCACGAGACUGGAGUGCUAUGCGACUUCUCACCAGCCAGAUUAUUGUGAUGACAACCCAAUAUCUGACUCCUGCACUCCACAAGAACUUCUCAGAUGCCGACUUUGAUUUUAAGCUUUGGAACUCCUUCUUCAGUUUGGCUGUGCUAUUUAUUAGUCAGCCCAGUCUGCAGCUUGAGUCACUUAGUCAAGUCAAGAGGCAGCGAAUAAUGGACAAAUAUGGAGAUUUGAGAGUGCAGAUGGCAUAUGAGCUGUACAGUAUGUGGCAGAAGCUAGGAGAUAAUAAGCCUCACUUUACCCCUGGGAUGAUGGGUCCAUUCUUGGGAGUAACUCUGGUUCCUCAAGCUGAGGUCAGAAAUGUUAUGGUUCCUAUUUUCCAUGACAUGAUGGACUGGGAGCAGCGUAAGAAUGGCAACUUUAAGCAGGUGGAGGCUGAGUUGAUGGAUAAGUUAGACAGUAUGAUAGCGGAUGGGAAAGGAGAGGAAAACCACAGAGAGCUUUUUGGAUUAUUAACCCAGCUCUUUGGACCAUACCCAAGUCUGUUGGAGAAGAUCGAGCAGGAGACAUGGAGAGAGACAGGGGUGUCUUUCGUCACUUCGGUCACACGCCUCAUAGAGAGGCUUCUGGAUUACAGGGACAGUGUGAGAGGAGAAGAAGCAGAGAGUAAAAAGCUGGGAGCCAACAUCAUGUGCGAGAUAACCAAAGAAGACAUGUACAUCCGCUACAUUCAUAAACUCUGUGAACUCCACCUGCAGGUGCAUAACUACACAGAGGCUGCUUUCACAUUGUUGUUGUACUGGGAGCUGCUACAGUGGUGUGAGCAGCCCCUCCGAGACCUCCUGCAAUACCCUGCUCAAAGUCAGUGGCAGCGCAAAGAAGCUCUCAGCAGAAAGAUCCUGCACUACUUCAACAAGGGCAAGUGUUGGGAGUAUGGGAUUUCUUUGUGCAGAGAACUGGCCCUUCAAUAUGAGAUGUUAUACGAUUACCACAGCCUGAGCUGGAUACGGAAAAUGGAGGCUAGUUUUUACGACAACAUCAUCGAGCAGCAACGUCUGGAACCUGAAUUCUUUAGGAUGGGCUUUUAUGGACGCAAGUUUCCCUUUUUCUUGCGUAAUAAGGAGUUUGUGUGUAGAGGCUAUGAUUACGAGCGCCUAGAGGACUUUCAGCAGAGGAUGCUCACUGAGUUCCCCCAAGCUCUUGUUCUCCAACAUCCAAACCAGCCAGAUGACAGCAUUCAACAGAGUGAUGCACAAUAUCUUCAGAUUUACGCUGUAACGCCAGUGUCAGAACUCUCUGAUGGGCCGAUGAUGGACAGGGUGCCUGAACGAAUCAAGAGCUUCUAUCGCAUUAACAACGUCUCACGGUUCUACUACGAUCGGCCCUUACACAAGGGACCCAAAGACAGAGAAAAUGAGUUCAGGAGCUUGUGGAUAGAGAGAACCACUCUGGUUUUGUGCCGUCCUUUGCCGGGUAUUUCACGCUGGUUUGAAGUGGAGAGAAGGGAGGUGGUGGAGGUUAGUCCCCUGGAGAACGCCAUAUAUGUUGUAGAGAAUAAGAACCAGGAGCUUCGUUCUCUGAUCAGCCAGUACCAGCAGCGGCAUCACCACAACAAUGUCAAUCUGCUUAGCAUGUCUCUUAAUGGCACAAUCGAUGCUGCUGUGAAUGGAGGGAUAGCACGCUAUCAGGAGGCAUUUUUUGAUAAAGACUACAUCACUGGUCACCCAGAAGAAAUGGAAAGAAUCAACCAGCUGAAGGAACUGAUGCAGGAACAGGUUCACGUUCUGGGAGUUGGCCUAGCCGUCCAUGAGAAGCUGGUGCAUCCAGAAAUGCGUCCCCUUCACAAAAAGCUGGUGGAUCAGUUCCAUGUGAUGAGGAGUGGUUUGUCUCAUGGAGUUACUGCACUUGACAGGGUCUGUCCUUCAGGUAUGAGGAUCCUCCCUCCAAGUCCAGAAAGUAACCGGAUAAUUCACAGACACAGUCCCUUGGGCUCACUUCGUCUUCCCUCAUCACACCCCUCCACCAGUGAGGGUGGGCCUUUGAUGAUUUUGACAGAUGGACUGAUGGACCAACAAGAUGAUUCUCCGCUCAUGCAGCCGAGCCCCUCAUCCUCAAGCCUCAGCUCCAUUCGUUCCUCUUCCUCACAGAUGAUAAACUCCGCCCCUUCUAGUGCAAGAGGAUCUCCUUCUCUGUCUGAUAAGAAUAAGAAUUCCCGUGAACUGCUGAUGUUGCUUCCUCCUCACAGAGAGAGACCUAGCGCUAUUUAUUAUGGCAACAAUGAAAACGGACAGAUGAACAACCUUCAGCGCUCUGUGCUCCAACAGCACAGCCCCUGCAAACCUUGUUCUGAUCCCCACCCAGGCCUCACUGAUAGAGGUGCUCCUGCAGUCCCCAACAACUGGAACCUGGAUGCUGAAGCUGGAUCAUACAUGCAGAACCCGGGUACACUUACAAUGCCCCAUGGCUCUUCUCGUACCUUUCCACAAGGUCACUUCUUGAUGCACUUUGACGCAUUUCAACAGCAUAUGAGUGAGGCUCCACCAUCUUUGCCUGCACGCUCACUUAGAAAGUCUCCUCUUCAGCCUAUCCCAGGCUCUCCCACCAGCCCUGUGUCAGUUUUGGGUGGCAGUAACUCCACACUGUCAGGUAGCGCCAGCAGUGGCGUCUCGUCCUUAAGUGAGAGUGUGCACAGCCACGCCGAGACACCGAGCCGUAAUGAAAAUGUCAUGCUGAACCGCCAAGACAAUCCCAUAGAAACUGCUCAACUUCAUUACUGGAGCCCUGAUGAUCACCUGAGUUCUCACUAUCCGCAUGUGCACUUCAGUGGAGUGCCUGAACACAUGCCCUACUCCUCAGCCCCCAAGCACGCUCAGUACGGUCAAGGUCACUAUGGAGCCUACAGUGCAGACAGCGAGCCUGUGGAGCCCCAGCGGCUGUGCCAUCUGUGCCCGGCAGGUUUCAGUGCCAUACAUGAGCAGUAUCAUCACCACCAUCACCACCUGCAUGGCUCAUUACGCCGAGCCGGAACUCCGACUGCGCCACCUAAACCUGCGCAGAGAGAGGAGGAGGGGACAGCACCACAUCCGGUUCCCCUCCCUCGCCGAAUAUUUCCUCCUCACCGUGCCACCUGGGAGCAGGGCAUCAGAGAGGAGCAAGAGGAGAACGCCGGAUGAAGACAAAGGAAGCCAAUGGAAGAGGGUGGUUGUAAAGGAAAAGUUCAUCUCAAGUGCUACAAUCUUCAACCAUGUGUUAAGCUGAACUGCAUGUGCGGGUUAUCCUGGUGUCAGGAGGCUUUGUGUUAAUGUUUCAUCCUUAUAGUUUACAUGACAGCAGCCUCUAGACCAGGACUUGCCUUGCACCUCAGACUCUAGAGACCAUCAGACCAUGCUUCAGCUUGCAGUAUAUGCUUACAAAUCAUACUCUGGUGUUAAAAAUGUCUGUGAGCAUGGUUUUUGUACCAUUUUAAAAGAAAAUCUAUAUUUUGUGAGUAUAGUGAAGAUAUAAUAUAGACAAUCCCUGUAGUCUCCUUGCUUAGUGUGGUCUUCUAAAGUGAUGAAAAGAAGAGGCCUUCCUCCUCAAGUGCAAUGCUUCUAAAUGACAGCACACCCCAGUUUGUGUAAUCAUUCUCUCAGACCAUUCUAAAUAGAUUCUAAAUAUUUCAGAAAACGUUUUUGUCUGUACUUUACAAAUAGCAUGGUCUAGCAGAUGAAGUCCUAACCACAGACGAAAAUAUGCCAUGGACUCUAGCUAGUAAUUGCAAGAAAAAUAAUUUCUUAGCUUUCAGGAAUUUUUUUUUUUUUUUAAUGAAAUGCUCCUUAAUCCCAUGUGUGUACCAAAAAUCUUUUCUUCCCAUAGUCCUGGUAGAUAAAUCCAACUACUUAGUGUGGUUGUAAAUAGUGUACGCUCUUAUAUUGGCUACACAAGCACACAGACCUCUCAUAAAUAACUUCAUUCAGGAAGUUUUUGAAUAUGUCUUAUUAUUUGUAAAGCUUACCAACUAGAACUCAAUACCUCUCAUAAUAAUGUGGCACACAGACUGCUGAUGUGGCACAGACUUACUCUGAAUUGUAAUCUAGAUGGCUUUAGAUUUUAUAUUGAUUGAACUGUAGGGAUUUAACAUGUCUGGCCUAUUCAACAAGGAUGGUAAAUGCUACCUUAAUUUACUUUUUUCUGAUUUAAUUCUUUCACAAUCUGUUGACUUGUAAACAAAUUAUGUGUUAUUUUUACAAAGUCACUGGAAAGAUCCCCCUCUGGUGCAGCCCUAUUACUAAUCAACAGGUACAGAAGCUCAGGUGCGUUUUUGAGUAUUAGAUGCUAAUGAGCACGGUGGCUACAGGGAAACCACACCAAAAACGUACAAUACACACUAUUACAAUGUACAUUCAGUCACUGUACAUACAUAAGAAAACAGCCUGGCGAUACAUGCUUUUGAAUAAUCACACUCUCAAAGCUAUUGUGUCUGUUUCAUGUACAUAAUCCAGAAGUGACAUAUGAAGAUUAUUGGAAUUUCAUAUUUAUACUGGGCAAAUUACAAUAGCUUGUGAUUGUCUCAUUUGUUCUAGACUUGAGAUAUUAAGUCUGAGAAAAAAAAAAUCAUUUAUACUCUUUUCAAUGUGCCCUCUUGUACAUAUCGUGAAUGCAUGAAUAAACAGUGUUAUGAA